UAAACUAGGAAAGCUGUGCACGCUAACACCCAAUGCCAAGGACACAAGGAACAAGGGCACUUCAGAGCUCAGCAUGGAGGCACACCGGCAUGCGGAUGAACUGAUGGACGAAGCCGAGUGUCUGCACGGCAACAAGAGGGAGCUCAGUCUGCUCGACGUGCUGACUGGAACUCUUCGGAGGCUUGAAGCUGUCAGACGUCGGCGAGAUGGUCACGGUGGGACCGAGGGUGGGACGAGAGGCGGAGGAGAGGGAACGCAGAGAGGCAGAGAAGGAGGGAUGCUCGGUCCCGCAGGAGACGAGGAAGACGAGAACGACGCUGAAGAAACGAGAGGACACGCUGAUGAGAAGCGGGAGGAGAGAGAGUGCGAGCGGAGGGUUCUGGGAGUGUUGAGGCAGCUGAGUGUGUUUCAUUCAGACAGAGCGACAGCGUGGAGAGAAGUUCUCAGGGAGCGAUCCCACAGGUCUCCACCAGGGGGCAGUGAUCAGCAGCAUCCGUCCACUACAGAUACACAAUGUAACGUCACACCUUGUUCAGACUCCUUCAGUAGCACUUUUCUGAGUGUCGGGAAGAACAUAGAGAACAUUUUAGACAAACUGAACGCAAUCGUAGCCAAACUGGAUGAAGAACUCCUCAGAGCAAGUGCAGAGGAGGCCUCGACUGUGGAUGCGUCCCUCAAGGAGACCGGAGAUCGGAAAGCACCAGAGCAACUCGGAGACUCCCGUGAGCCCCUUGAAUCUGAACAAGCAUCCGACUCAAGAUUCAGCAGUUCCGCUUGCAACGAUGAGGAAGAAGAGGAAGAAGAGGCAGAAGAGGCAGAAGUGCCGGUGAACAGUCGAGGGGCUGAGCAUGAGGACGGUGCUUCUGCAGAGAGUGAGACAGACUUACGGGAGGAGACAGAGAAGGACACAAAACAAGUCAACAAGGAAUGGAUCCCAGUCGAACUCGCCGGUAAACAAGAGGAGAGUUAUUCAGAUGUGCCAGACACGUGCUUCAUCAGAGCACCCAAGGGUGCGGCCGGAGCCCUGAGAUGCGAGGCGGCCGACACCCUGAGCUGCCUGAUGGUGACCGGCUCGGAGGAGUUGGUCAGCAGAGUGAUCAGGGUCGACGUUCGGGACGGAGCCGACGUCCGCUUCCCCGUGACCGUGGUCGUGCCCUUCUGCGCACGUUACCGCGGCAACUACAGGGACGUAGUCGUGAAGAUAGUCGACGGGGAGAGGAGGGCGAGCUACGUCACUCCCGUCACCACAGAGGGCACGUACGGAGGGCAGAGGAGCUCCUUCGCCGAGGUGAGGGUGUACUCCCUGGGCCUGUUUGCAGUGGUUUCCUGUUUAAAAAAAGAAAACUACACAGUUCCCACAAAGGGUUUGUUACUCAAGCUUCCCAUGGACCAACGGAUCUGUCUGAACUACCCCCCAGGAUGCUUCACGGCUCCAGUGAUGGCUCAAACCGCGAUCCAGCCGGUGGACGCCGUUCUUCUGGCGGCCGUCAAGUCCAGAAGCGACGCGUAUCACUCGGUGGUGUCCACGAGUCCGCUGCUCUACCUCACGCAGCCCUCCUCUCAGCCCCUGAGGAGACCCCUCACUCUCACCCUGCCCUGUCCCCCAAACCCCGAGAAGAAGAGGCACACAAGGGGUCAAGAGGAGGAGCGAGACCACCAAACUCGGCCUGUUAGCCCUUCGUGCCACAGAAGGAGAGUCCUGGGGGCCUCGGUGAAGUCUAAGAAGAUGUCCAACGAGCUGCUGAUUGUUCUGGGUUCAAGAGACAACCAGUGGAGCGUCCUGGAUCAUGUCCCAGUCCGGAACCAGCAGAACGGACUGGUGUCCUUUGAGCUGACGGAGAACUUCGACAGGCUGCUGGCGGUACGUCUCCUCUCACCCCUGCAGCCCGGUGGUCUCGCCUCCCUGGCGGAGGAGCUGGAGGAGUCGGUCUGUUGCCACGCGGUGACCGUCGUCCUCCAGCGUCGACUAGAGGAGCCUCACGCCGCCCUGGUGGCGGCGCUGCCCAGCAGAGACCUCGGCUGGGAGAUGUCCAGGCUGCGAGCCCGGGGCUACAGCGGCCUCUCGGAGAUCGCCUCCGAGAUCUCCAUGCGGGAAGGAGACCAGCUUCUCCUGCGUUUCAGCGGCAACAUCACCUCCACGGGUGCUCAAAACGACCUUAACGGGCUCCCUUGCGAGCGGCUCACCUUCCACAAUCAGCGGAAGAGUCACCUCUCGUUGCGGCUCAGCGAAGUGGACCCCUUCGGGAACUACAGCUCGCCCCACUACAAGGGCACGGCCGUGUUCCACAAGGUCAGCAGAGGUCAGCUGGAGUGGCGAGGCGACGGACCGGUCCCGAUGGACGCAAAGCUUUUGGGAGAGCCCGUCUGCAAGCUGUCUCUGACUCUACCGAAGAGAGUGAGAACCGUGAAUCGGCCCGUCACGGUUCGGGUGAAGUUAUGCGAGGAGACAGACUCCCUGUCCGACUCUCUUCUCCUCUGGCUGUCCGGGGAGCUCUCCGAGGAGGAAGUGGCUCUUCUGGUGCUCUGUCUGCAUCUCCGGCGUAGCGCCGCCCAGCUGGUGAAGCUCCGGGCGGGGGACAGCCUGCCCACCCAGGCCUUCCGUGUCCUGACCAUGUGGAGGCGGGGGCUGCCCGCUGCCACGCACCAACCCAAGGCCUCUCAGCUGGCCCACUGCUUAGCCAAGAGCGGCAGGCCGGACCUGGCCCGAGAGCUGCUGCUGCGGCAGGCGGCGCCCAAAUAGGGAAGCUUGAAAAGUAGAAAUUGAGAUUGAAAACCAAAGAAAAUCGUUGCUUUUAGUCAGAGGCCUGUGUGCCUGUCAAAUGAGAUGGAGGCAGUACGUUGUGUGAUCCACAAGGGGUCAGCAUUGGACUGUGAGAUUACGUGAUCUCCUCCAGACUUCAGUCUUUUACGCCUGACAAGCCAACCCAGUAAUGUUUUAGAGCCCUGAAGACUUUAUGAGAUUAUGUGAAAAAAACUAAACUAAACAGAAAAGAAAAUCUAAUUUGGGAUUUUUUUCUGUUUCUUUGUCUCAUGACCUCAUAUUUUUUUCUUUUGACCCCUAGCAGGGGUGUGGGUAAUAUUUCUCAGCAUUUUUUGUGACACAUUUGAAAUAAAAAAUAGUUGUAGAUCACCACAUACGAGUGAGCCGGUCGAACAAUCAAGGUCAAGUAUUCGGUCAUAUAUUUAGUUUAGUCCUCUGCGAUUAACACCGUGUCUCAUAUUAUUUGUUUAGAUGCAAUGAAUCUCAAGCGGGGUGACAUAUCUGCACCCAGAACUUGAUUCUGAUUAAAAUAAUGACAUAAAGUU